AUGGAAAGUGAUGAUUUCAACUACUUUUUACGUACUGACGACAGAUUUGCAAACUUCUCCAGAAUCCCUUCACAAUUCAGCAUUCUGCAAGGAUUGCGCUACACCCCAUUUUCCUCUUUCAGAGCACAAUGUUCGGCCGGCCAAAUGACAGCAGAAGGUGCUUUGCAGCAUAUAAAGUUCGGAAAAUACAUGCGCGAAAAGUAUCUGGAGUCAAAUAUCUUCUCCACAGAUUCUCGGCUUAACGUUACUGUGACGUCUUCUCGCUACAAUCGCACACUUCAGUCUGCUAUUGCCUUUACUUCCUCAUUCCUGUUCCCUAGUAAAUCGUCUAUACCGCAGAUAUACGUUCAGGCGUCGAAUUUCACAUUUCUUUGUACGAGUGAAAACUGUGCGUGCAAUAGAGCGAAAAGGUGGAGAGGGCAGUUUGAGAAGGAGCGCUACGAGUACUUCGUUCAACGUUCACCAGCACACUUAAAAAGACAAGCAGAAGUGCUUCUUAAUGAGACGACGACUCGCAAAAAAGUGAUGUUCGACGAAGGUCCGCGUUAUGUUGUAGAGAAAAUGAAUUUGGUGGAAGCUCACGGAGUUUUAUAUCAUAUAGCUGAGACGGUCGCAAAUCUGCGGAGGUUUCCUCAUACAAAUACUAUACAGAUCUUCUCUGGCCAUGAUGUAACCCUUGCACCGAUUUUGGUAGUACUGAAAAUACCAUUCAUAGAUCCACCACACUAUGUAUCACGUCUAGUAAUAGAGUUUUAUGAGUUGGUUGAUAGUCCAUCUGCGAAGGACGGAAUAUUCCUGCGGUUCCUCUAUAACGGGAAAGAUGUCACGAAAGACGUGUUUUUCUGUCAAGCGGAACUGAACAAUGGACUAUGUCCUGGUCACAAACUGGAGCAUUUUGUUCAUAAUGAAAUAUUUCUACCCUUGAAUAUGAAAUCUCUGAUAGAAGUGUGUAAUUAG